CCCUCUUCUCACCGGCCAGGUGCCGGCACACGCGCACACUCUCUCCCCCCCGCGCCAGGGCGCGCGCUUCUCCCCGCGGCCUUUCUCUCGCGGGCUGCUCGGCGCUGUCGCCGCCGGAAGCCGGGUGUCUUCCACCCUCCGACUCCUCCACGGCCCCGCGCGCUUCUGCCCCGCCUCGGCGGCCUACCGACAUCUUCUCGUAGUCUGCCUGCGCCUGCGCAGAGAGCGUGGCCUCUCGGGAGGGGUUAUGUGGCGGCGGCGGCGGCGGCAGCGGCUGUAGUGAGGCGCCCCACAUGGAGCCUGCCCCGGGCGCAGCAGAGCUGAGACAUGUAGAAAAAGAUGUGUUAAUUCCAAAAAUGAUGAGAGAGAAGGCCAGAGAACUAUGUUCAGAUAAAGUGCAAGUCUCAAGGGGCAAAAGUCAAACUUUUAUUCAGUGUUACUGUCGUGUACUAUGCCACAGCUUUUACCAAAUGCUGCCAAGAGUCUGGCUUUCUUAUGGUGGUGAAAUGUCAACAGGAAAAUGCAGCCUUGAAAGAAUGUCUAACUACCUAGGCCGAAAGUCUGAAACUGAAGGGGGAAAAAAAUACAUUAACAUCGUUACCAGGAACUGUAGCAAUUACUCUGUUGGUGUUCAGAACAGUCAGCACCGUGUUAUAACAACUUUAAGUCAAAGCUAUAAUGAUCCAGCAUUUUAUGAAGAAUGCAAAAUUGAAUACUUGAAACAAAGGGAAGAAUUCAGAGCUACUGGAAUUCCUGCUAAACAAAGACAACAGAAGCUUCCUACAAGCAUGUAGCUAAAUCCUAAAAUGAAGUUUGGAAAUUUACUUCAGUUAUCGACAUAUACAUUGAUUUGGUGGAAUAAGUACGUUAAUUGAAUAAGCAGACUCAGUUUUGUUUAAAAAAAUCAAUUUGUCUGAGGCAGGAUUUGAUUGAAAUAAAUGUAUCUCAUGUUGUAUUUUGUGUAUUAGGAAUAAAGUCUUUUAUGAAUGAA